AUGGACUUUGGUACUUCGCCCACUGACUCGACCGCGUCCAUCGAGAUCAACGACGCCCUCUUCUGCGAGCACGGCAAGGAGGUCUGCGACCCGUGUGGCUUCGACGGUCGUGAGGACAACGACGCCGUCAUGGGCUUUGACCCCGCUCCCCGUGCACCCAUCGAGCUGCCCGCGUACUACCGCAACGCCAAGGACAACAACAUUGUCUGCAAGGCCCACGGCAACAACGAGUGCAAGCAGUGCUUCAACUGGAAGAAGACGAUCCAGAAGCUCCAGAAGGAGCAGAAGAAGGCCGGCAAGAAGAACAAGGGCGGCGACGCUUCCAACUUCUAG